AAUCAGGAACUACCAGCACAGAGAGAACUGUCAGUGAGGGGUAAUAAAGUGCAGACCUCUAGAGGCAUUUGUCACCAUUUCACUUUCCUUUCUGUAUUUGUAGUGUAACAGAAGAAAAAAAAUAACAAAGGAUAAGUUUGCUUUCCAACGUUUGCUCCUUAUGUAACAGAGAGAAGUACAGUUAGAGCUGUAUGCCUGAGAAGAUUUUACAUUACAGAAUGGAGGGUUGUGUCAUUUCAUCAUCAUCAGACGAAAUUGUUGCAUAUGAUCAAGUUUUCCGACCGCAGUAUGAUUUUUACCAAUACAUAACCAGUGAUCCAGACGGACAUAUGGAGAGUGGAUGGGACUACCACACUGAUCACACUCACCAGAGUGAGCUGGAGGUCCCUUCGAGUAGUCACUUCACUGAACUACACCCUGCCACCUACUACUAUGGCGAUGUGGAGUCUUACCACCCGCCUCUGGAUUCAGGCCUGGGGGCUUUUGUGCCUGUAGUUACACCUCAGUUUGCGUAUGUCUCUCACCCACUGUACCAGCGCUCUCCUCCUGCCCACUGCAGCACAGACGAUGAGGAUGCAGGGGCACGCAGUCCACCAUUUGAGGUGUCUGAGGGAGAAGAGGACCAUGAGGCACACCUUGCUAGCACAUCCACUAGCAUAACAGGCAACAAAAGAAAAAUGCGUCUCUAUCAGUUCCUUCUGGAGCUGCUCAGAGAUGGGGAUAUGAAAGACUGCAUUUGGUGGGUGGACAGAGAGAGAGGCACCUUUCAGUUCUCUUCCAAACACAAGGAGAUGCUGGCCAGCCGCUGGGGCCUGCAGAAGGGCAACCGCAAGAGAAUGACCUAUCAGAAGAUGGCUAGGGCCCUGCGCAACUACGGCAAGACAGGAGAAGUCAAAAAAGUCAAGAAGAAACUUACAUACCAGUUCAGUAGUGAGGUGCUGAGAAGGAUGUCAGCAGAGAAAAAAUACCACUGAGAGAGGAUUCCCACUGCUGUUGGCUGCAUGAUGACCACAGAGGCAGGGCUUUUUUUCUCAGCUUUUUCUCAGGGACUCCACACACACUAUAUCUAGGACAUUUUUAGGCAUGGGGUGUGUGUUAGGAUUUUGCUUCCUACUACACUCAACAAUGGAAAUUAAAAUCUCUUUGAAAAUGAUAGACAGUAUGAUAAGUUCCAUAUUUUUGAGAGGCCUAAAGACAGGUUUCUAUGUGGAUUGUUAGUGAAAUGGGGAAAACUACUGUUUUAACAGCUGAAUGUCUCUGUGUGGAUUAGGGAACUUGGUGUGUACUGUCCCCUAUAGGCUUAACAUUUACACUGCACAGACAAAAUCCAUAGUAAUUUUUACAAAAUCCUGACUAUUUCUUACCCUCUUUGAUAAAUAUUUACUGCUUAAAUAAUAAGUAAUAACACAGAUGAACAUUACGCAUAUACACAUUAUAUUUAUAUUUUUUAAAUAACAACAUAUAAAUUCCAAAUUUAAUGGCCUUUGUGGUGGUUUGCUGACAUCUGAAAUGGAAAAAUUUCAAUAAAAGUAUAUAUGAAAAGUUAA